UGCUUUACAUUGUUCCACAUGGACAUCUACUGAUCACAUGUCCUCACUGAGAAACGAAACCCACUUCCCAUUUCCGCCUUUGAGCUCGAAGUUGGUCAAGUCUUCAUUUCUUCUCUCCAUGGGUUGCAAGAUCAACUCCGUGAACCCAACUUUAGUACUUCACCAGCUCCCAACAGUGAAACCCCAUCUCAGACCCAGAUCUUUCUUAUGCUUUUCCUCUUCCUCUGGAACCAGAAAUGAGCAAGAGCCUAAUUCCGUUCCAUCUAUCAGCACCCAGGUCAAAAUUCCGGAACCUGAUUCUUGGGCGGUCAAGUUCAAGACCCUUGGAGCUUGUAAGCUCGGGAUUGCGAGGUACCCCGAUUUCAUUUACAAUGCUGUAGGAGGAACAGGAACAGGACUGGGUAAAAAGAUAACGGGAAGCGGGUCAGUUGAUGAGAUUUUGGUGUCUUUCGAUCUAGACACGCUUUAUAUUCCGCCACUGAGCAGUGAGACCACUCGGUUACUCGGUUUGCCUUUGCCGCCAUAUCUGAAGAUCGAGAUUGUACCGGAAUCUUUUGGAGGAAGAAUCAAUCAAGAAACAGGAAAGGUGGACCUCGAGUUCUUGGCCAAGUUCUGUUUCUCGGUGGGCACCAUUUACAGAGCUCCUCCCCUGAUAGUGAAGACUGUAUUAACUUCUGAAGAGUCCAUCGGGAGCAUCAGGAGAGGAAGAGGGGAAAGGCUGAACGGGGAAGGCAGAUGCCGACUGGUCGGGGUCGCCAAGGUUGAUCCUAUAGACGAUUUCUUCAUGAAUUCAUUCCUUGGACUUCCCACGGAGUGCCUUGCGGACCUUAAUGCCGUGAUAUCAUUGUCGGGUUGAUUACAGCCGCUGCUUCUGAGAGUUGCCCCUAGCAUUCGUACCAGAUCAAGUCAUGUAUAUGCAACAUACAGAUCUCAUAAUGUUGCAUCCCUCCAAGGCAAUGACUUCUUUCUGUUGAGUCGGGUCGUCCUCGUGCCAAAACCUGGGUUUUCGUGGACCAUAACAAGUUUGUGCUGUGCCUUGGGACCGAGGAACUAUAGAGUUCGGAUAAGGAUUGAUUCGAGUUCUAUUCCUUAUGCUCAAUGUAGGGUCGAGGAGUUGGGUAAUAUCCAAACCGAAAUUGCCUGGUCCAUUCUCCCUUUCGCGGAAUAAUUGGAGAUCACAGAAAUGGAAUGAUUGCAAGUUGAAAUACGCCAUCCCAUGGCAUUGUUCUUGGAGACUGGAGAGUAAUGUUUCCAUAUGGCAUGUUUGGUAUAACAUUGUCUAGGGAUGGCAUGGAAGAGGCUUUAGGACGGAUAGGUCCAUCCGAUAUAUCCAUACCCGUUUAAAAAGAAGUUAAAUCUCAAGUCAAGUCUCUUCUAAAUCCAUUACUGGAUUAGUGGAAAUUUCCAAGAACCCUUUCUUGUCUUUUAAUAAUUAUUGUGGAUUUUUUUUUUUGGGUCUUACCAUAACAUUUAAUUUGUACAAGGAGGCGAAAGAACAAUGCAAUCAAGACGACAGGAGGCCACAUCAAUCGAGUCGUACGCUGGAGCAAUUAAAAGAGAUGAAUUAGAGGCAGAAGAUUGGGGCCAACGAUGGAAUCCUAGAAUUAAAAUUAAGAGUAUAAAAAGCAAGGCCAUUGAUUUUACAUAUAUGAGUAUUGUGAAGGUUAAUUUAAUAACUUCAUUCUUAA